UCUUUUUUCCAACUGUCACACAAGCGCUGGAUGGGCGAACCUGUAUGCUCAUCAGAUCUUUGUGUACACGUACCGCUAUUUGUCAAAAGUCUGAUUAUAAACAAUUGCUCACGUAGCGGAUACGACCGAAUGAAAAUUAUCCGUUUUCUGUAAUUUAGUUAACUCAAGGGUACACGGUACGGUAUGAUUGGUUGCGUGCCGAUGCGAAAUUAUUCUUUCGAUGGAGUGUAGAAACGUGGGAUAGCUAGUCAAAGCUCAGUGGUAUUAAUCUUGUUACCGCAUCAACAAAUGGAUGCAAUACUGUCGAAAGGAAGCCUGGCCACCCUGGCCACGGUUGCAACGGUUUUACAGUUUCUUACUGGAACUGUGAUAUGUAAUCGAUACAUAAGAAAGAAAUCAACAGGAGAUACAUCCGCCUUUCCUUUCAUAUCCGGAUUUCUGUCAUGUUUCAUGUGGCUCAAGUAUGGCGUUUUAACCGAGGAAAGUACCCUGAUACUGGUAAACUUCAUUGGUUCCGCGCUGUUCUUCUCCUACACUGUAGUAUUUUUCAUAUUUUGCGUCAACAAGCGGGAAGUGGUACGGCAAAUGAUGCUUAUAUCCUGCAUCAUACUGAGCGCCACUUUAUACACCAUGUUCGAGUCGGACGUUGAGAAGUCGGUCCGAAUCAUAGGUCUCCUUUGCUGCUGUUUGGCGGUUUUGUUCUUUGCGUCACCACUAACAACAUUGGCGCAUGUAAUCCGUACACAAAACACGGACAGUCUUCCUUUUCCAAUAAUUGUGGCAUCAUUUUUCGUAUGCUUCCUGUGGACGGCCUAUGGGGUACUUAUUGGUGAUCGCUUCAUACAGGUUCCAAAUCUUCUCGGUGGAAUAUUGGCCGGUAUACAAUUGACACUGUAUGUGAUAUACCCGAAACCGAAAGCUUCCGCUAGUGGUGGACCACGGUAUUCCCCUCUCGUAUCAGAAAAUCCGAUUUUGUAGUAUUUUUGUAUUUGGCGGUAAGUUAAACUAGAAUGAACCAGUUGGAUUAGUUCUGUUAAUAUUAUUUGCAUUAACGCUCAUGUUAAUACAAUUUAGUCAUUAAAGUUAAA